AUGACUAGGCUCGAAAUAGAGCUGGCGGAAGAAAAGCGUAAAUCAAAGCUGAAAGAUGGCGCAGUAACCUCCCCUCAACGUCACAAUAAAGCAGCAUUUAAUGUAUUGAAAGAGGAAUUGAGGCGCGAGCAGGAGGCUGUUCAAAAAGCGCAUCUUCAACUACAACGCAAAGAAGAGAGCCAGCAGCGCUUUUGGGCCGUGGUCAAAUCCUGUGAAGCUAAAGCAUACGAAGUUCUUCCAGACCACAAGGCUACUUUACAGAGUGUCUUUGCGCUCAUUCAUCAGAAGAAAGACCGAAAGAAGAAGGUCUCGUCCUCAUUUGAGGGAAGCCAUAACAACACUACUGCCAACGAUGAAACCUCUACCACAACAGAGCCUCAUACUUUUGGCGAAGCCUCCACAAGAAGCGAGCCCCAUAAUAACUAA